AUGGAGCUGGUUGUUGUUUUAAAUGAAAUCAUCAAUGCAGAGAGUAUAAAUGCAGUUGUAUUUAAGGAAGUUGAAGUAUCUGGAUUAAUGAUGAGGAAAGAAGUUCGAAGUGAGCAAAAAGCGUUUGAUUUGUACAAUGAUUAUGCCUUUAAGAUUGGUUUUAGUAUAAGGAGGAGCAAUGUACGAAUAGCUUAUAAGACUAAUAUUUGGCGAAGUAGGAAAUAUGUAUGUUCAAAUGCUGGUUUGAAGGAUGAUUCUAAGAAGGAUGUUAGGAGGUUUGAGAAGUUGGAUUUUCGAACAAAUUGUGGUGCUUUAGUUGAGUUCAUUAUUGAUAAACAUGGUGUAUGGACUGCUGUGCAACAUCUUAUGGAGCAUAAUCACCCUAUAAUACCAAUUGAUAUGAUACAUUUGCUUAGGUCUCAAAGAAAAGUCAAUAAAGAACAAUUGAAGGUGAUUAAUGUUAUGAAGGCUAGUGGUGUGCGGGUUACUGAUUCUAUUCGUCUUUUGAGUAAAGAAGUUGGUGGCUCCCUAAACCUAGGGUGUACUAGGAAGGACAUAUACAAUGCUUUGGAUGUUGAAAAAUCCAAUAGACUUGAUGAUUCGGAUUGUAAUCAGUCGAUCAAAUAUUUUGCUCAAAGGCAAGCGAAGGAAUCAGAUUUUUAUUAUGAAUUUGAGGUAGAUGAAACUAAUUCUCUUACUUGUACUUUUUGGAGGGAUGGAAGGAUGAAAAGAGAUUAUAAAUUUUUUGGGGAUAUGAUGGUUUUUGAUACAACCUAUAGAACUAACAAGUACGACAUGAUAUGUGCCCUAUUUGUUGGGAUGAAUUACCAUUGUAACAAUGUUAUGUUUGGCAUGGGAUUUGUUCUUGAUGAAAAAACAGCUAGUUUCAUAUGGUUGUUUGAAUCCUUCAUGAGAUUAAUGGGAGGAGGGCGUCAUCCUACAACUAUAAUGACUAAUCAAACACCAUCUAUUGCAGCGGGUAUUCAGAAUUCGAACAUUAUUGGCCAAGAUUAUGUUAAAUCAAGAGCUGAAAUUGAAUUUACUUUUAAUAUGCUAAGAGAAAAGGUGGAGAGGGUUAGAGGGCCAAUAAAUUUUGAUGGUGGAGAAGAGGUUGAAGAGGUUCCGAAAGAAGGUCAACCUAUUCAAAAUCGCAAAACUAAUAGAAAAAAAAAAGGUAAGAGAAAUGAUAAGCGAAAAAGUACUGUUGAAAAAGCUUGCAAUAAAUCUAAGGGGUGGAAGAAAAAGGUUGAUAAAUAUAAGGAUGAAAUGAAAGCUACUGCUAAAAUUUUUUUCCAGUAUUUUGAUGCUCGUUGCAAUGCAAGGAAUGAAGAGUCUUCUAAUGCUUCUGGAUCUUCUAAGGUUUCACAUUAUGAUGAAAUAUUAUCAAUUUUUGACAAGACAAGUAAUACUUAG